AUGGAAACUGAUCGAAUUGGAACAGAUUUGGAAUUACCUGGAAAUCAAACCACUUGUGAUCUGGAUAUCGUCGGACACUAUUCGGUUCCUGUAGCUCUGGACCGAUAUGAUCGUGUUGAUUCCAGACUUUUCCAAAUGAAAAGUGGGUUUUCGGCGGUUGAAAAGUCCCAAAAAUCCCAAAAACUCAAACUUUUCCACUCCGAACGUGGACGUCGUCGUCAUGCGGAAUUGGUGAAGAAAGAGUGUGGAUCAAAAUGUGAAUUAAUCGAUUACGUGGAUGCAUUCUGGAACAAAACAAUGAAUGCGUUCCAGUAUUUCGAUAAUCAAGGAUUCUCUUAUUUCACAAAUGGUGGUCAUCUUUCUCCUCACGGACUGGAACACGUUCGGCCUAUUUAUGAGAAGAUAUGUUUAUCUAUCUAG